AACAUAUAGAUCUUUGAUACAGACAAUAUUUUUUUCUUUCAUUAUAUAUUCCAUAACAAUAGUAUGGUGACUUUUUAGCAGUAUAAUAGCAUAUACAUGAAAUAACGUUUGCCAAUGUUUUACUGUAUUUUUUUUAAAGGUUUAGACCAGUGCUGCUUAUAACAUCCCAAGGGCAAAAAUCCUACAUCGCAAAUGAGUACAAGUGAGACAGGAACGAAAGAAUAGCGGAACUACUCUUCAGUUGCAAUUGGCGGCAGCCGGACAGAAAGGUGUGAAUCGCAGUAUCAGUGGCUUUUGUUGGCUGCUCUCAGUGUAGGACGGGCUGGAGGACCGGUCUGGAGAUGGCGAGCAGAAGGAUCACUCAAGAGACGUUCGAUGCCGUGGUGCAGGAAAACAUCUCCGAGUUUGAAAUGGAGCCGGACGAGGCGCUGAAGGAGGCGAUUGAGCAGUUUGAGUCACAAGGGGUGAGCCUUGUUAAUAUAGUGAAGGCAGUCCGGACAGCCUCUUCAGAUGAGAUGAAGGAGGAGCAGACCCAUGAUAUUUUACAGGCCUUAGAGUCUCUACAGACAUUGUUAGACUCUUCGUCCCUGGAUGUGAUGGGGGAACAGCUAGCGCGCUUCACAGAACAGUGCAAGCUAGACUUCUCACACCGCUACCUGGCGGCCCAGAAAGGCGCCUACCCCACGAUCCUCUCGUGCUGCCGGAGGACGGUGGGGGAGCGGGGGCUCCUGCUGAAGGCUCUGGGAGCGCUGGCGGCCCUGACCGACGGGCAGCCGGACCUCCUGGACGCCGACGGGAGGGGGCUGCUGAUCGAGACGCUCCGCGAGAACCGGACCGACCCCUCCGUGACCUCGCUGGCGAUUCGCGUGGCACGCAACUGCUGCCUGAAGCACGAGCAGAACCGGCAGGCCCUUGUGAAGGCUGGGCUGCUGCCCCUGCUGACCGGCGCCAUCGCCAGCCACGGUGCCGAGCCCGAGCUGGUCAGGUUGGCCUGCAGCACGCUCAGGGUUAUGACCUUCGACGAUGACAUCAGGGUCGCCUUCGGACAAGCCCACGAACACGCCAAGCUGAUCGUGCUGGAGAACGCCGGGCUGAAGGUCAUCAUCGAAGCGGCGAAAGCUCACACAGGCAAUAACAGUGUCCUCAGCGAGCUGUGCGGCACGCUGUCCCGGCUGGCUGUGCGAAACGAGUUCUGCCAGGACAUCGUCGACCUCGGAGGGUUGAAGUUCAUGGCCAACCUCCUCGCGGACAAUCUUGACCAUCAGGAACUUGUGAAGCAGGUUAUGAGCGCCAUCCGAGCCAUCGCAGGAAAUGACGACGUCAAAGACGCCAUCGUCCAGGCAGGAGGGACCGACCUGAUCGUGUUAGCAAUGAACAGACACAUGGGCAACGCGCAGGUUUGUGAGCAGGGGUGUGCAGCCCUGUGCAUGCUCGCUCUGCGUAAACCGGAGAACUGCAAGGCGAUCAUGGAGAACGGGGGCGCGCUGGCAGCACUGCAGGCAAUGAAGGCCCACCCAGGGGAGGUCAAUGUGCAGAAGCAGGCGUGCAUGGUGCUGCGGAACCUGGUGUCUCGGACCAGUGACUACAGCCUGGCCAUCCUGGAGCUGGGUGCAGAGGCGCUGAUCAGCCAGGCCCUGGUGGCUCACCGGGACUGCGAGGACGUGGCCAAGGCAGCGCUGAGAGACCUGGGCUGCAAGGUGGAGCUGCGGGAGCUGUGGACAGGCAAGAAGGGCAGCCUGUCCCAAUGAGCCCCCCAGCCAGCCAGCCCGUCACGUUACUGGGAAAUGCACAAAUACAGUGGAAGGGCUUUUAAAAAAUGUUUUGCCAUUCUCACUCCUUGAGGCAGGUUCGUACUUUAGUCUUGCGACAGUCAUUGAACAGCUGGAGUUGAGCACAGUAAUACUCAACUCCCUUGUAUCUCACACAGUUGCACAACUAGAGAUCAGAAAUCCUCCCUCUUCGACGGUCGCAGGGUUGAAGUAUGAACCGGACUUUACUGCCCCGGCAUCUUGCGUGUGUUCUGCAUAUUGCAGCAUUUCCUGAACUGUUUCGAUAUAUAUGUUAACAGAAUGAGAAAAUGAGGUGAAGCUGCAUUGCAGCAAUACCUAGAUGUGGGGACGCAGCACAAGAGGAACAAUGUUGAUAUUGUGUUAGAAAAAACACAGAGAUUCUGUCUGACACGGAUGGAAGUGUUCUUUUAAUAGAUUUAACACUCUCUUGAUUUGUUUUGUUUCUGUGUAAAUCUGUUUUGGUUCCCAAGGCCGUAUUCCUUUUAAGGUAAAGGGACAGGUGUGUCCCACAAAUAAAAAUGAUGCUAACUUUCUUAUUUCUGCAGUGAGACGCAUGAAACAGGGUUUAAAAUGUACUGACAGGUUAGAGCUGGUCACUGUCAAUGUAUUUAAUGAAGAAACCGUUUGAACAGCUGCUCAAGUCCUUGUGUCCUAAGGGGGUUAAAGAAUGUUUUUUUUGUUUUGUUGUUUGUUUCAAUUACUGUUUUUUUUACUAAAUGGCUCUUGUUAGUUUCUUUGCUCACAGUCUUAUAAAUCAUUUUUUUUAUUCAUAAAAACACUCGAAAUAACUCUGUAGGCUUUGUGAUUCUAAUACAGUAAACGUAUAAUACUGGUUUCCUCCUCCUGUAGUUUCUCCUUCUUCACAACCUGAACUAUAUACCUUUGCUAUCCAGUCGCUCAAUACAGAUGAUGGAAGCCAGUCUGUGUACCCCAAACUCUUAGUGCUUUUCUUUGUUGUAUAUCCUUGCUUUUGAAUGUGCAUUAGGACCCCUCUUGCUGUUUUUACUAGACAUUCAAGUGUCCCAUUCCUCGGCACUCUGUCAUGUGAGUUUAGGGAGAGGUUUUCUUUUGGGCAGGGGAGACCUAGAGAAAUGUUAGUCUCAUACCUCCGUUGAUCCAUUGCAACUUGCACAUUAUAAACAGAAGGUGGCGCUUUUAAAGUAUUUUGACUGGACUGCCAUCAUGUUCAUAUUGCAUGCAUGCCGAGACCCACGAUGAGACUUACAGAGCUGGUCAUGACACCUGUACUUAACAUACAGGUUGUAUUAAUCGCUAAGGUUAGAGCUACAGUGGUGAAUUACAAUGGCUUUUGAAACUGACGUGCUUGGAAUUGUGUUGUAAAUAUUGAGUGUUGUUCAGAGUUGUAAGAAAUCCUGUUGCUCGUGUGUGUGUGUGUGUGUGUGUGUGUGUGUAAGUGCGGUGGUUCUCCGUGAACCUCUUGUCUGUUCUGCUGUAGAUUCUGUUUCAGUUCGUGUUGAUUCAGUGCUCUGUGUUGGGUUUUUAUCUCUAUACCCUUACCACUUCAGAUUACAAUCAGGAUGCUGUGGUGUAAGACUUAAAAGUUUUUUUUUUUUUUUUUUAUUUGUUUCACAGAAGAAAAAAAAAUCCACAUUGAAGUUAAGGCUGUAAAUCCAUGUUUCAGGUUUCUGGAGACGCAGCUUUGUGUCGUUGGUGAGCAUUUAAUGCUCUGAUAUCUUGCUCUUUGUUGUUUAUUUCAAAAAGGUAACGCAGGUCAGAGUUUGAGAUUGUAAACUAGUUCGUUUUGCAUCAUUGUGUUUUCAUUGUGCAGUGCAAUGUUUUAGUUCCUUAAGUUCCUGGGUAUGAGUGCUGACAGAGUCCCAUGGGAAUGUGGAGUGUGCUGAUUGAACAGUAAGCUUCACCGGCCUCGCUUGUCUUCAGCAGGAAGUGUGACGGUUGUGUUGAACAAUCUAGUGCUCCAACUUUUUACUAUUAAAUGUAUUACCGCUAACUGCUGCUGCACUCUCCUUUUUCAAUUAAAUAAUGAUUUUAUGAACGCCCUGUUACAGGUAUACAUGUAUGUGUAGUCCUGUAUUAAAAAUCUUCAUGUGUCAGAACUUGAAUUAAUAAAUGCCUUGAAUUAAA